AGUGUUUAUUUCCACCGACCUGGGCUCGUUGCUAGAGACCACGAUUCCCAUCCACUGAAGUAUAACAAUAGCGUCCUUUAUCUGUUACCAUGACAUUGUACAUUUCAGUGUCAUGUUACCGGCUGCAUGUCACCGGCUCUGAGGCACAAACCAACACUUGAUCCAUGAAGCUUGAACUGAGAACUUUGCAGUUGGAGAAAACUUGGCUACAAAGUUCUUAUUUUGCUGCUUUUUAUUUAACGGUGAAAACCGGAACAGUCAGGUGCUAGCGAGCUUCUGACAAACUGCAGCGACCAAGUGCAAGACACUAUAUUUAGGAAGAACAGCCCUGUGCUAUGAAAGGAAUUCCUUUUGCACUUAAGCUACCAAAUUGGGUUUAUCUGCCAGCCCUGAGGCAGCAUUGAGUACAACACAGAGACAAAGCUAUUUAGAACAUAUGUAUCAGCAGCACUGAAAGUAUCCCUGGCAAGAUAAGCAGGGGACGAAGACAAAGAAAGGGUCCUGUCACUGGAACCUGGCCAUAAUUGCUCUGUGCUGUCAUCUCUUGGGGAAAAACUUGUCUAAGGAAGGCGAUCUCAGCUUUUAAAAUGUCUAAACAGCCAGCGUCAAAUGUCAAAUCUAUACAGGCUAACCUAAAUAUCCCUAUGGGAGCAUUCCGACCUGGUGCUGGGCAGCCACCUAAAAGAAGAGAAUUGUCACCUGAAGCAGAACAGGGUGUCCCCAAUUUGCCACAUGAAGAGAAAAAGCAACUACCUGGGGCCGUGAAACUUCCCGGACCUGCAGUUAAUCUAUCAGAAAUUCAAAAUAUUAGAAGUGAACUUAAAUUUGUACCAAGAGCAGAGGAGCAGUAGUGUUCACUGAAAAGAUACAAGAUUGAUCUCCACUGAAGGAACAUGCAUAGAGAAAAGUGAACCAAUGGAAUUUUUUGUAUUUUUACAAAGACUGAAAAAUACUUAUAUGCUGUGUCCUUCCACAUUUCAACAAAUAAAUUAUUUGUACGUUUAUUUUUAAUUAUUCAUGAAGAAAAAAAAGUAUUGACAACAUGUUUAAAAUCUGGAAUCUUUCCAGUUUUUUAAAAUGACUGACUGUAAAGUACUAUAAGCAUAAAUUAAAAUGAGUGAUUUAAAAGAUUGUUUUAAGGUGUUCUACUGCAAAUAUGUAACUUUGUUACAUCAUUGACUUCU